AUGCCUCUCCUCGAAACUAUCUCCGUCGUCGCUGGACUCAUCGCCGUCACUGGAACAGUCGGUACCGUCACCGUCUCAUUCGUCUGGCUCGACCCUGCACUCGGCCACCCUCUCCCGUCUGGUACCGGGUACGCGGACCGCGACUGGUCGCCUAUCAACUACUCUUAG